UGCCAAGGAGACGCCUCGGCUUGAGCUUCUGGCGAGGGCCUGUUUGCCGGGCGCCUCUCUUUCCCUUUGGCCAUGGCUCCGAAGCGGCCCAAGAGCGGAGGCGGUGGGGGGACCCCUGCUCCCCCAGGGACUGGCUCCAAAAACUGGGAAGCCGGGCUGGUGGCUGCCCGCUUGGAAGAGGAAAAUUGGAGUCCCAGUAUUGCCUUUGUUUUUGGGAGCCAACCUGAGGAUGAACUUCAUAUAAAGGCUUUGUCUCUUGCUGUGAAAGUGCCACAGAGGAGGCUUUUCAGUGUGGUAUCCUGGGAAGGAAUAUUAUCACAGAUCAUGGAGACUGCAGAUGUAAAAGUAAAAAAGACAAAAGAAAAAGAAAAAGAAACACCCUUGUUUUAUGAGGUACUAGAAACAGCAAAAAGCAUUAUGGAUUCUGGGGAGCAGCUUCCUAUAACACUGAUUGGAAAGUUAAUUAAAUAUCAGAUGCUUUGCAUCAAGCAAAAAGACUUGCAAAGAAGAGCUGCUGAAAAGAAGGCAACUGAAGACCAAGACAAGGUGAAAGAAGAAAAAGGGAAAGGGAAAGGGAAACCUAGCAAAAAAGAGAAACCCCCUAGUGCCAAGUCUGGAAAAGGAGGGAAAGGCAAGAAGGCAACUGAAUCACCAAAUAUAUCUGCAAGUACAGUUAAAAAAGAUACCAAGCUUAAACGACGUGGAGAAGAUGAUGAUCUUGAUAAGUAUAUUGAUGAUGAACCAGAUGAUGGUGCUCAGUAUUAUUUCAUAGUGUGCGGAUUUUACUCUCCCCAACUUUUGCCUAUACUAUCUGAUCUUGGAGUCAAUAUUGGAAGUGUCAUUAAAAUAUCUUCUGACAAUUAUGGACCACUCAAGACCCAUCUGGAAGCAAUUGCCCAACAAGAAGAACUUGUCCUUGGAGUAGAAGCUGUCGAAACAGAAAAGAAGAAGAAGGAAAAAGUGGUUAAGGACAUGGAAAUUUUCUGGAAAUACUUGGAACCAAUUUUGAACAGUGGGAAACCAGGAUCAAAUCUCUUUCAUAUUGCUAGACUUCAGCACACAGUCCAUGAGUCUAUCUUCCCUGCAGAUUGGAGUAAUAAUGAUAUGAUGCUUGAAUUUGGAACAGACAUAUUUGAAAAUGUGGCAUGUUUAAUGUAUGACUGCCUGGAUUGGAAAAGACAACAUCAGCAUUACCUGAAAUCCACUCGAUUUGUUAACGUCCCUGUAGUAGAAAAGAAAGGCAAAUUACCAACUGAGAUACCAAUUGUUGUUCCAGCUACUCCUGGAAAGAAAAAACAUGCUGUUGAAGAGCCUGUUGCAGCACCGGUAUUAACUACAGAUGUGGAUAUGAGAUAUUACAAUGAUCUUCUUAGUCCAGUUCCUGAAGAAGUUGUUUCUGUUGCAUUAAUAUUGGAUUGCAUGCUACAGCAGAUCAUUGCAUCAGAAGAAAACCUUACACCACCAAGUUUGGUGAUUCAAGAGCCACGUGAAGAUGGGCUGGAUCAUACUGUCGCAAGUCAUAUUGCUUCAAUUUUGCCUUCGCUCGCCCUUCCAGAGAUUGAGAAAAUGAAUCUGUACAAUUCUUUAUAUCCUGAAAAUGAAGAAAUGAUGGCUCUCAGAUGUCCUCUUCUACUGAAUUAUCAUGAUACUUUGGCUCAAAAACUGCAUUUUCUAAAGGUACAAGAUGGUUUAGACCCAAUAAAGAUUGAAGCUGAAAUGAUGGAGAAGCUACCAUUGAUGGAUCUUCUUAAAUUUCCUCUGCCACCACCUGGAAAUAAUACGAAACGCCUUGCCAGGAUCCAUGAGCUAAUGCACUAUUGUACCAGUGAACACAUGAAUUGGGCUGAAGUAGAACGAGCUUUUAAAGUGUUUACAUUUGAAAGUCUGAAGUUGUCCAGGGUAGAUGACUCUGGACAAUUAGAAUGCCCUAACACAAUGCUUGGUGGUGAUUAUGAGGUGUCUUAUAUUCCAUGGGAUAAUCCUGCUAGGUUUGCUAAGCAACUGAGGCAAGACAUAACUGGAGAAAAGGUUUUAGAACAAAAUACUUUGAACAGAUCAGAUUGGUUUCCUAAUGAACAUGGAAAUGGCCAAACAAAUCCUCUUGAAAACAAGGUAAAUCUGGAGGCAGAAUUAACAGCCAUACAAAAGACUCAGCAGCGGUGUUUAAAAGAAUGGAGUUUUGCAGAACAUUUUCAACCACAUCUUCUCUUCAAGGUUUUUCAUGAUGCAACUGAGCAUUACAGGUGCAUUGAUACUUACUAUCACACACAAGAUAAUUCUUUGUUGAUAGUUAUUCAUAAUCCCAUGAACCAGCGUUGUCAGUUCAAGGAGUCCUGGAAUGUUGCUUUGCAUUCUGAUGUUGGAUUUAGAAAUUAUCUGGAAUUGGUGGCCAGUUCCAUUGAAGAGUGGGUAGUAAGGGAAGAAGCUAAAUAUCAGGAAUUAAAAAUGGCUAAGGAACUAGAAGCACUUAGGCUAGCUGCAGAGAUGGCAGAAAAGCCACCUGUUGAAAUUAAGUCUCCACCUCCUGCUAAAAAAGGUGCUGCGUCAAAGAAAUCCAAAAGUACUUCCAAAAGUAAAACAGAUGUAUCUCCAGAACCCCCAGUUAAGAAGGAAACUGAUAUAUUUGUUCGAAUGGACUCUCUUAAGGCUUGGAAGGAAGAGCAGGAAAGGCUAUUAGAGGAAGAGCGUUUGAAAGAAUUAAAAAAAGCUGAGAAGAAAGAAAAAUCCAGUGGCAAAAAAAAGGGCCAGGCUAAGGAGACACCUCCUGAUGAAGGAAAGGCAUCUAAAAAAAAACUUUCCAAGGAUAAAACUAAGUCACCAUCUAAAUCACCAGAGUCUGCUAAAUCACCAGAAACUGAAGAUCACACAAAGCAACACAAGCAAAGUAAACUGAAUAUUCCUCCUCAAUUUCCAGAUAAAGACUAUGAUUUUCUUGGAUACAAUAUGAGUGAGAAUCCCAUUAUAGUUGCUGGUUGUAUUCGAUAUCUCUUUCCUACUGAUGGAGGGCAGAUCCAGGCAGAAACAAUAACAUUUGAAAAAGGGUCAACCUUAGUCAAAGUGAAGGUGAUAAAGGACAAUCACAGCUUCUUUGUUCACAUUGUAGACCCCAAGAAAAGCCACAAAGAAAGUAAAAAUAAAGAAGAAGGGUCUGGCUCUCCAGAAGGACAAGAGACAGAAACAGUAAAACAACCAGUAAAUCAAGAGAAAGGCAUGAGCAGAUUUGGAGCAUUUUCUGCAACUCUAGAAAAUGACAUUCAUCUUUCUAUUAGUUGCUAUGGAGCUUCAGGAAAAGUUGCAGAGAAAACAGAUCCUGAUUUAGCAACAAUUUUAUCUAUUCCUUCUGUAAAUUUGCCUACUUCCACUUUUGUUGCCUCGGCUGUGUCUGCUGGUACCGUUUCUACUGUAGGAAAAAGCAAGCCUGGUAAAGAAAAAACAGGCAAAUCAUUACAAUCUGGCAAACCAAGCUCCCGUCUCACAGUGACUGCAUCACCAGAAGAAUCUUUAAAACAAGAAGAGAAAAAGGUAGAAGCAGAUGAGCCAGUCCUGGUGCCAGAUGUCUCCGAUAUCCAUGUUUUCAAUACGUUGAAUGUGUCCUGUCCCAAUGGAUUGGCGCUGACCUUCCUUGGUCAAAAAUUCACAGGUGAAGAAAAAGGAGACAAGGACAAGAAUUAUAAUCAAGAAAACAAAAUAAACGAUGGUAAAUUGGAAGAUGCCAAGAAGGAUGAAGUCAAGAAACAAGAAUCCAAAUCAGAACAGAAUAAUGAGACCAUAGAAAACAAAGGCAAAGCGGAUGUCAACAAGGUAGAUGAAGCCAAAGCCACUGUAUGUGCAGUAGAUAGUGUCAUAAAGAAUGAGGCCAAUGAAGAUAAAGCAGAAGCUGAAACUGAAGGAAACACUGUGGACAAGACCAAAGAAUUUGCCUUUGAAAUACUUAUUAGACAAAGCUAUCCACAAAGAGUGAAACAUUCACAACUACUAAAAACAGUUAAGAAACCAGUAGAACAGGAAAUAUCCAGAGUUAUUACCAGACAAGGAACGGUUGUGAAGAGCAUGUUGGAUGGAUCCACCCAGAUACUGUUUGCUGAUGGCACUGUGAUUAGGAGUCCAGAUUCUGGGCCAGUAAUGCCACCUCCACCUCCACCUCCACCUAGUACACCACAUACCGAAGUUAUACCUACUCCUGAAAUACCCACCAAGAAAAGUAAGAAAAAUACCAAGAAUGCACUUGUUCCAAAAGUUGAAACAGCUGAAACUGUUGUUCAGGAUCAUCUAUCGGAUACAGAACAACCCCCUGAUGCCCUGGCAGGCACAUGGAUUUCUACUACCCCAUUAGGCACUCAAAUAGGCACUAAGGGAUCAGAGAGACUUGAUCUGAAACCCCUUUUGGCUUACCAGGCCACUGAUCCAGUUAAUGGAAUGGUAAUGACUAUGAGAGAAGACAGGGUAGUUGUGGUGGAGAAAAGAGAUGGUUCCAAAAUAGUAGAUCAUGCUGAUGGCACCAGAAUAACCACCUUCUUCCAAGAGUGUAUUGAAACUGUGAUAACUAAUGAUAAUGAAGAAACAGAAAUGACCUCCCAGGACAUCAUAAGAAAGGUGAAGUGCAUGCGUAUAGAACAUCCAGAUUUUGCAACUGUCAUAACAAAUUGUGAGGACAGCACCUGUUGUGCUAUUUUUGCUGAUGGUACCUCAAUUAUAUCAAACCCACAAGGAACAUACCAAAUCUUACCCAUGAACAAAGGCUGUCUCUUCAUUGACAAAGAUUGUUCUGCAGUUUAUUCCCCCGAAGCAUUUGAAAAAAAUGAUUGUGAAUUUAUGUCUAAUGUUGAAGACCAGCAGGCAGAGAAAUACAUUAUGAAGCAUAAUGCCAACAUUGUCUGUGAAGUAAUGGAUCCUGCUGGGAACAUUUUCAAGGUCAUGGCUGAUGGCAGCACAUCAGAAUACAUUGCUUCCCUUGAUUGUGAAGAAAAGAAAUCAGAAUCCACUUAUACAGAGACUCCAGUCAUAUAUGGGGAGCAUGCUCCCAGAUUCUUCAUUGUCUAUGCUGAUGGCUCAGGAACUGAACUGCUCCGUACAAAGGACACAGAAGAAUAUCUUGCAAUGGCAUAUGGGGAUCCAGUUACAGUAGUUCUGCAAGAACCGAUACAAGAAUGCCCAGGAGUCUUAAGCAUUACUGUCAUCUGUCCUUUAACUGUGACAUCUCAAUGGGUAAUGAAGAGAGAUCCUACCACUGUUGUUCCUUAUAAUCUCCAAUCAAGAGCUUGGGAAAGAUUUCCUCCGGUUGAGAGAAAAACUCCAGGCCCUCCAUUUGGAACACAUGCUUGGAAAGGUCUAUGCAUAGAAUUCAAAGAGCUGGCAAAUUCUCCUGCACCUAUACAAAAAUGUCCAGAUGUACUCCAGAUUCAUCGAUUGAUCCAGUACGAGCCAAUUACUGAUGAACUGAGACACAAAUUGCAGGUUUCUGUCAAGGAGUACAUUGACAAAAUAAUGAAGCAGGAAGAAGAAAUUAAUGAAAUGACCAUCAAAGACCCAAGAAUAGAAGAGGAAAAGGAACAUGCUGCAGAUCUCCUCAAGCUAGUUAUGUCUUUCCACAGCCUUGAAGAAUCUUCAGAACCUUGUACUAGAGCUGCUCAAAUUGCUGACAUAUAUGAGCAGGCUGUAACUUCCCAGUCACAGAGUCCGUCAGCAGAGGCACUCGCAAGGAAAUCUGAGGAAUAUUGGCAGAAAUUACGCCUAGAAGAGCAAGGUCGGAUAGCCCCCUGGCAGAUCAAGUUAGAGCAAACCAGGCAGGAACUCAUGGACGGAAAGAAGUGUCUUAUGAACAUAAGGGGGAAAAUCAUCCCUCCUUAUUUCAAAUCUGAAUUUGGCAUGAACUUUCUGCAAAAAGAGCUUCCUGAGAUUGAACGCCUUUCAAAAAUGGUGCCUUCAUCCCCUCAAAAAGAAAAGAAGGAACCGUUUUUUAGCACAAUUACAGAAUCUACUGAAAAAAUUGAAUUCAGCUUAGACUCUCAAGACCAGUCUACCAGAAGCAACCAGCUAAACUCAUUGCUUACUUCUUCACCGUGUGUCCACCAAAAUAGUUCAACAACAGAAACAGAAGUAACUGAAAAAAAACUGGAGAGGCUUAUCCAGCCAAAACUCCAAUUUCUUCCGGUGGAUGUUCAAGGAUCCCCAAGGAAAGAGAAGGUGAAAUUACCCCCAUUCAUACAGACAGGCAAGCCACAAUCUAUACCCAAGCAAAAAGGUGAAGAUCCUGUUUCUGGCAAAGUGCGUACAUGCUCUGUUGCAGGAGCUUCCCAGCAACUGCCAAGUUUCCUUCUCAUCCCAUCUAAAGUCAGCUUUGGGGUUCUCAAGGAGGGCUGCACUUAUGUAGCCUCAGUUUCCUUGAAGAACAUUGGAACGGACUUCUGCAGAUUUCGAGUGAAACAACCACCACCAUGUACUGGAUUGCGAGUGAGCUACAUCCCCGGGCCUGUGGCUGCUGGAUUGCAAACAGAGUUGGACAUUGAGAUUUUUGCUAUGGUUAUUGGAGCAGAAGGAGAUGAGGGCUCUGGAGAAAUUUUUCAUCGGAUUGAGAUUUGCACGGAAAAUGAAACCCUCUUCCUGCCUGUGGAAGCAACAGUUUUGAAAUGCGAUCCUUAUGAACACAGACCACUAAACUAUCCUCAGAAAGGAAAGGCUUCCACCAUCCGUCUGGUUUCAGGAAAUCCAGUAUCUCCUUUCAGGUCUAUGCUACGUCACAAGAUUCCUGCUUAAUGUACGUAAAUACAUUGAAGAAUCCAUACAUCAAAGUAUGGAAACUCUACAUUCUCAAUAUCACAUUGAAGGCUUAGAAAUGGUAGCAGCUAUUUUGUGAUGGUAGUAGCUGCCUUGAGUCCUGGUUUUAAAGAAAAGCCAGGGUGUAAAUAAAGUUAUAAUGAUACUGGUCAGAAGCCUGUUGUG